UUCAGAGCUCAACCUUGAAGACUUACACCAGGCUGUUUUUAUACUUGUCAGUAACCACCUUCAAGAUAGAAAAUAUAUUAUAAUUAAUCAAAAAUGGGUAAAGGCAAACCAAGAGGAUUGAAUUCUGCUAGAAAAUUAAGAGUUCACAGACGUAACAAUCGUUGGGCCGAUCAAUCUUAUAAAUCAAGAUUAUUAGGUACUGCUUUUAAAUCUUCUCCAUUUGGUGGUUCUUCUCAUGCUAAAGGUAUUGUUUUAGAAAAAAUUGGUGUUGAAGCUAAACAACCAAACUCUGCUAUCAGAAAAUGUGUCAGAGUUCAAUUAAUUAAAAAUGGUAAGAAAGUCACUGCCUUCGUUCCAAAUGAUGGUUGUUUGAAUUAUGUUGAUGAAAAUGAUGAAGUCUUAUUGGCUGGUUUUGGUAGAAAAGGUAAAGCUAAGGGUGAUAUUCCAGGUGUUAGAUUCAAAGUUGUUAAAGUCUCUGGUGUCUCUUUAUUGGCUUUGUGGAAAGAAAAAAAAGAAAAACCAAGAUCAUAAGUAAUUUGCUACGCAAGUCAUUUAAUUUCUCUCAUAUUGUACCAUUUUCAACUUUAAUAAAUAUAUAUAAUAGCUGAUAUAUAUCACAUUAUUUGGGUUUUAUUUGUUUUGUAAAUCUACUGAUAUAUUAAAUAUUUAAAAGAAUAUUUAGUGUUGAUGCUUCUAUCUCUAAACACACAAAGUUUUAUCUAAUUUUUUAAAGUAAUUGGAAGAGAGCUCUACUAUUUAUAAAAUAAAACGAUACUAACAAUAAACAUUUCAAUAAUACAAAAGAAAAAAAAAAGCACCCAACCAAAAUAAGAAUUAAAUCCAUUUGGAAGUCUGAUAAGAAUAUUCAAUGUUACGAUAUACUAUUUAAUAUUCAAGAUUCAUUAUUUGAGAAUCAUUUGUUGAAUUUGGAGCUGAUUGACCCAAAAGAUGCGGGUUAUCGUGACCAAUCUUCUUUCUUUUAAAACUAGGAUUCAAGAAAUUGCUAUUGU